UGAGAUCUUCACCUGAUUGACUCUUCACUUCGUUUCCCUUGUCUAUAAAAUCUCUCUCUCUCUCUGUGGCUCUGUAAGUUUUUUAUGGUGUUUGUACUAAAAAGCUGCUAUUCCAGUUUUAAAUGCCUCCCUGCUGUUUCUUUACCAGCUUUUCACUGUCUCUGCAUUCUCUCAUUAUUUCAUUUUCCUUUACUUAAUUCUCUUCCCCCUCUUUGCUCUUGAUUUAAACCCUUUUUUAAAUUUCAAAACAGUAUCAGAAUGGCUUCUAUGAUUCCUUCCUCCUCUCAUGAAAAGCCUUUUUUGAUUGAGAAAAGGCCUCUGAUGCUCAAGGAUUAUCUUACGGAUGAUCUCAGUUCCUGUUCUUCCAAUGGCUUCAAAUCCUUUCCCCGCAGACAAUGCUGCACCACCGUCCGUUUUCUACUCGAAAUCGAUCUCAACACAAACCCCAAAAAUCAACGUCGACAAUUUUUCAAAAGAACCACAUCAUCUAAAGCAGCUUCUACAACAAUCUCUGCUCUUCAAAAGGCAUCAGAGGCCGUUAUUAACGCUGUUAAGCUACUUCCUUUUCCUUCCUCCUCCACCAAGUCGUCAUUUCCGUUCCUCCACAGCAGAACCAGAAAAGGAGGCCUUCUGCCCCGAAGCCUUUCGCGGAAGCUCUUCAAGAAAAGCUCAAGGAAGAAAGAGGAUCAUAGAGAAAGGGAAGGCAGCGAGAUCAGACGGUUUAGAUCUUUCCGUGACUUCUUAGAGGAAAGAGAUGAACCGUCAGAUCACAACACAGUUCAAAACUACGCCUCUCCCGUCGCAAACGUAUGUAGACUGUCAACGAGUUCAGGCAGCAACAGUCAGAGUUGGACUGACAGCGAAUUUACUGUUGAUAGCGGUAAUUCAGAGAGUUACAGCAGCCAAAACGCCGUCGCAGGCGGCCAAAUUGAUUUACCCAGCGAGAAGAAAGUCAGCGAGGCAGUAGGCGCAACGAGCGGUGAGGAUUCCAUGGCCUUCUCCGUGGAAAAAAACGCAAAGGAGUGGCCCAAUGAAGAGGAGAAAGAGCAAUUUAGUCCAGUAUCAGUGCUGGACUGCCCAUUCCAAGAUGAAGAAGAUACUAACUGCUCUCCUUUCCAGCGCAGUCUUGUCCGAAUGGAGGGAGCUAAACAGAAAUUUAUGGCAAAGAUCAGAAGAUUUGAGAGGCUUGCUGAGUUAGACCCACUGAACCUAGAAAUGCAAAUGGAUUUAGCAGUUGAAGAAGAUGAACCCCUCAAAUACCCUAGUUCAUUGUCCCUCCAAAACGACGUUGAAGAAGAAAGAGGUCCUCACCAGCUUCUCAAGCUCGCCAAGGCAACAAUACAAUCGAAUCAUCGCCUGACAUCUAAUGCAGACACCAUCUUAUUAGACUUCUUCAGGGAGAAAAUUAUGGAAAACAGAGCAAAUGGUAACUUGUUAGAAGGACCCAAGUCAGAUUUAAAGAAGGAGAUAGAGGAGGCUCAAGAUUGGAUAAAUGGGUAUCCAGAAGAAAUGUUUAUAGGCUCGGAGGUGAAGGAUACAAGAGCCGUCUGCGUCAGAGAUAUGGAGAGGAAAGGGAAAUGGAAAAAUUUUGAUGAAGAAAAAGAAGAGUUGGUGUUGGCGUUGGAGAUUGAGGUGUUUAAUGCUUUGGUGAAGGAAGCCAUGCUUGAUCUCCCAAGCUAAUUAUUUGUAGAAUGAAUAUUGGAUUAGUUCAAGGUUGCUUUACUCAUUUGGAGGCAGGCCAUUUUUAGCUUUGAAUGAUUGAAGCCACCUUGAAGCAUUUAGUCACUUUGGAAGCAUCGGCAGUUUGGUCUCUUCUUAUUUCUUUUAAUUUUUGGAAGAAAAAUUAAAAAAGCAAAAUUUUGAAAUAAGAAAAAUUUUACAAAUA